GGGAGUGUUGGAGCAUCCGCUUGGUUGAAGUUGAAGCUUGCUGUUGAAGAUGGCAGACCCAGAUGUCCUCACCGAGGUUCCAGCAGCAUUGAAACGGCUAGCCAAGUAUGUCAUUCGGGGCUUCUACGGCAUUGAGCACGUGUUGGCUUUGGACAUCUUGAUCUGCAAACCCUGUGUGAAAGAAGAGGAUAUGCUGGAGCUGCUCAAGUUUGAUCGGAAGCAGCUUCGGUCUGUUUUGAAUAACUUGAAGGGAGACAAGUUCAUCAAGUGCAGAAUGAGGGUAGAGACGGCUGCAGAUGGGAAAACCACGCGCCAUAACUACUACUUCAUCAACUAUCGCACUCUUGUUAAUGUCGUCAAGUACAAACUGGACCACAUGAGAAGGAGGAUUGAGACGGAUGAGAGAAAUUCCACCAAUCGGGCCUCCUUCAAAUGUCCUGUCUGUUGCAGUACUUUCACGGACCUAGAAGCUAAUCAGCUGUUUGACCCUAUGACAGGAACUUUCCGCUGUACCUUUUGCCACACAGAGGUAGAAGAAGACGAAUCAGCAAUGCCCAAGAAAGAUGCUCUCACACUUUUGGCAAGAUUUAAUGAACAAAUUGAGCCCAUUUAUGCAUUGCUUCGGGAGACAGAGGAUGUAAACUUGGCCUAUGAGAUACUUGAACCGGAACCCACAGAAAUCCCGGCCCUGAAGAGACAGAGCAAGGACCGAGCAGCCAGUACUGCUGGGGCUGCCGGCCUGGCAGGCGGGCACCACCGGGAAGCAUGGACCAGCAAAGGCCCCUCUUAUGAGGACUUAUAUACUCAGAAUGUGGUCAUUAAUAUGGAUGACCAAGAUGAUGUUCAUCGCACCUCGCUGGAGGGGAAAUCUGCCAAAGAGAGGCCCAUUUGGUUGAGAGAGAGCACUGUCCAAGGGGCCUAUGGUUCUGAAGAGAUGAAGGAAGGUGGCAUCGAUGUGGACACAUUUCAGGAGCAUGAGGAAGACCACGCAGGGCCUGAUGACAAUGAGGAGGUCAUGCGAGCUCUACUCAUUCAUGAGAAAAAGACUUCCUCAGCGACAGCCGGCUCGGUGGGAGCAUCCGCGCCAGUGACUGCCGCCAAUGGCAGUGACUCGAGAGCGGAGAGCGAGACCAGUGAGUCGGAUGACGACUCCCCGCCCCGGCCAGCAGCUGUGGCUCCCCAUCAUCGGGAUGAGGACGAGGAAGACGACGAGUUUGAGGAAGUAGCUGAUGACCCCAUUGUUAUGGUGGCUGGCUGUCCAUUCUCCUACAGUGAAGUUAGCCAGCGUCCAGAGCUGGUAGCCCAGAUGACGCCAGAGGAAAAGGAGGCAUACAUAGCCAUGGGUCAGCGGAUGUUUGAGGACCUCUUUGAGUGAGCUUUCCUGCUCUCUCCUCUGUUAGCUCAUUUCAGAGAGAAACUCCCCACAAGUGCUUAAGUGGCUCCAUGCCCUCCUGAUGUAAAGCGCCCGUUAAUCUAGUACAAAAGCAUAACAGGAGAGAAAGGUUGAUUUUUAGUUUUUCUAAAUGUCAGAAACUUCCAAGACAGGUAGGUGGGCUAUGAGUAUUCCCUUCCCUCUUAUUACUCAAGUAUUAAUAUUUUUCCAUAAUUCCUUAUCUUCAUUUUUAGGACAUAUUUUUCUCACUCAGACUAAAAUGUUCCUGUCUACCUACAGACCCCUCUUAGGAUAAUCUUAUCCUAAUAUAACUGUUUCCUGGUCAAGCAUUUGAAACAAUUCCUUGUAGUUCUGCAACCAAAGCAGCUUACCAAGAAAAGAUUGCUGCUUAGG